CCGGUUGUUGUGCCAGGCUCCACGGCUCCGGGCUCCUCCAUUGACUGGAGAUAGCUGUGCCAAAAAAAUCAAAGAGAUACUUGUAUAAGUAAAAAAAGAGCCGAACGGCCUCUCGUUUUGUGUGUUUUAAAAGAGGUAACCGGUUGAAUCAGCCGCUGACUGCUGUCACUCAUGGAGACGUACGGCAACUCGCACAAGAAACAGAAGCUGAGCAACGCCGCUGAGAGCUGGGGAAUGCAACGUGCAACUAAUGUCACCUAUCAGGCUCAUCAUGUCAGCCGAAACAAGCGUGGGCAGGUUGUGGGCACAAGAGGCGGGUUCAGAGGAUGCACUGUUUGGUUGACUGGUUUGUCGGGUGCUGGGAAAACUACAGUGAGCAUGGCCCUAGAGGAGUACCUGGUGUGUCAUGGUAUCCCCUGCUACACCCUUGAUGGGGACAACAUCCGUCAAGGGCUGAACAAGAACCUGGGUUUCAGCCCAGAGGAUCGGGAAGAGAACAUUAGACGCAUUGCUGAGGUGGCCCGGCUUUUUGCUGAUGCUGGGCUGGUCUGCAUCGCCAGUUUUAUUUCUCCCUAUAGCAGGGAUCGCCUCAAUGCGCGGAAGAUCCACGAGGCUGCAGGGCUGCCUUUCUUUGAGGUGUUUGUGGACGCUCCACUGGACGUAUGUGAGCAGAGGGAUGUGAAGGGACUGUACAAGAGAGCCAGAGCGGGGGAAAUAAGAGGUUUCACCGGAAUUGACUCAGAGUAUGAGAAGCCAGAGGCUCCGGAGCUGGUGCUGAAGACUGACUCCUGCAAUGUGAAUGAGUGCAUACAGCAGCUUAUUGACCUGCUUCAGGAGAGGGAUAUAGUUCCUGUUGAUGCAUCUUAUGAAGUGAAAGAGCUGUACGUUCAGGAGAACAAACUGGACCUGGCUAAGGCUGAUGCAGAGACUCUACCUGCUGUACAGAUUGGCAAGGUGGACAUGCAGUGGGUGCAGGUGCUGGCUGAAGGCUGGGCCACUCCUCUGAACGGUUUCAUGAGGGAGAGAGAGUUCUUACAGUGUCUUCAUUUUGACUGUCUGCUGGACGGUGGUGUUAUCAACCUGUCAGUGCCUGUGGUGCUGCCAGUGUCUACUGCAGAUAAAGAGCGUUUAGAUGGCGUGACGGCCAUGGCUCUGGUCUACGAAGGCAGGCGAGUUGCCAUCCUCCGUAACCCUGAGUUUUAUGAACACCGCAAAGAAGAGCGCUGCGCUCGUCAGUGGGGCACCACUUGCAAGGACCACCCUUACAUCAAGAUGGUGAUGGAAAGUGGAGACUGGCUGGUCGGUGGAGACCUGCAGGUUCUGGACAGGAUCUGCUGGAACGAUGGACUCGACCAGUACCGACUGACACCCACUGAGCUCAAACAGAAGUUUAAAGAAAUGAAUGCAGAUGCUGUAUUUGCCUUCCAGCUCCGCAACCCAGUCCACAACGGCCAUGCUCUUCUGAUGCAGGACACCCACAAGCGCCUCAUCGAGCGAGGCUACCGCCGGCCCGUGCUGCUGCUCCACCCACUGGGAGGGUGGACUAAGGACGAUGAUGUGCCGCUGCCUUGGCGAAUGAAGCAGCAUGCUGCUGUGCUGGAGGAGGGCGUCCUGAAUCCAGACUCUACCAUUGUUGCGAUCUUUCCUUCACCCAUGAUGUAUGCUGGGCCAACUGAGGUUCAGUGGCACUGCAGAGCUCGAAUGGUGGCUGGUGCCAACUUCUACAUCGUUGGCCGUGACCCUGCAGGCAUGCCCCAUCCUGACACAGGAAAGGACCUGUACGAACCCACUCAUGGGGCCAAGGUCCUCACCAUGGCUCCAGGCCUCAUCACCCUGGAGAUUGUACCCUUUAAGGUUGCUGCUUACAACAAGGUCAAAAGGGCAAUGGAUUUUUACGACCCUAAAAACCAUCAAGACUAUGAUUUCAUCUCAGGUACACGCAUGCGUAAGAUGGCUCGCGAGGGAGAGAAUCCUCCUGACGGCUUCAUGGCGCCAAAGGCCUGGGCCGUGCUGAAAGAAUACUAUAAAUCACUGGAGAAGGCCUAAAGGUUGAGUCUGGGAUGAAAAAAAACAUGGGAACACAGUGGUUUCUACUGACGUUUAAAAUGAUGAAUGUGGGGACCACUCAGUUACUAUCAAAAACCAUGCUCCGGCUUAUGUCUGUCACUUUUCACGCUCAACUGUCAGUCAUAAAACUUAUCUCUGUUGUUUUUAGUCUUAUCACAUUUGUGUUUUAACUAUGUGCUUUAUUUAACUAAACUUAAUCUGACUGUGAAAUAUAGUAGGAGAGGUCACAUUGGUAUUUCAAGAGAACAAGCUAAAAAAAAAUCCUUUCAUAGUAGAUAGUAGUUUGUGUUUCUCACUAACUUUAUGACUGUAUAUUCUGAUAACUGAUUUCAAAAAUAUUGUGUAAAAGAUUUAAAGAUCAAGACUUAAAAUAGACUGUGUGGGAAGUACUGUUGACCAGUACUUAAAUAGUCAGGAAUGAAUGUUUGGUAUUCGUGAUGUCCAAAUUGAAAAAGUUACUGCACCUGCUAGAGUUCAUAUAACUCACUACUCAACUCCAAACAAGUUGCUUUGUACUGUAUGUUUGCAAGUGGCAGUGGCAAUGGCUCAAAAUUUGGUGUACACAAGUAUUUGAUGUAAAAGUUGAGUGCCUUGGUCUUCGGAAAAGUGAAUUCACAUGAUGUCUUGUUUGAAUUAGGACACGCAGACUCACACACACACAAACACACACACACCUGCUUCUUGUCUCACUUCUUGUUACACUGAAAUGGUCCAGCAGUUCGAGAAAUGGUCUGCAAAACACAUCAGCUUUAAAGAUGUUUCUAUUAGGAUAUGCAACCCUAACCUUCCUAAACUUCAAGGAAAAACUUUUAACAUUGUUGUUUUGUUUUUUUUUCACAUUUAGUCUAUUUAUUCUGUUCCAUCAUCGCAAUGUUUUCUCUUUUUAACUGUGUUGUGCAUGUAGUUUGGUGCUCGGAGCUUUUCUCUCAACGGUCUUGAUAUUUUGUUACGUUUUCAUCAUUUGUGUUUUGUUUUUUUUCUCUCUCUCUCUCAUGGGUUGCUAAUAUUUUCCAUGUGGUAAUUCAUUUUUAAGAGUCCGCCUGUAAAAUCGGAUGGUUGAUGGUUACCAUCAAGGGAUCAGGUUUGUAAUCUUCCUUAUCCAAUAAACCAUUUUUAGCAAAAAGAACAAUUUGUUUAGUUUUGCUUUCUCUAAUCUUUGGCUUUGUUACGCACACAGCACGAUAUGUGUGUUUUUUUUGUUUUGUUUUUUUGUUUUUUUGUUUUCUUUUGCAUUGCACCAAAGAGUUUUUAAAUACAUAACAAACUCUCAAACAAUCACUUGAAAUGACAACCCUGAAUUUCAUGUAUUUUAGAAACUAAACUUACAUUGAUGAGAUGUCAUCAACUUCUAGCUGCCUGUGAUCUCUCUGUAACACAGUUCGCAUUCUGACAACUCAAUAGCUCUAAAUCUCCUCAUGUCUUUGUGACUAACUUGCUUCAAGUGCACUUUGUCAUAUACAUGAACAGUGCACUCUUCAAAAUUAGAUUUCCCCAGGUUCGUGUAGUCUCUGGCUGUUGGAACUUCUGUGACCUCCCAGUUGGUCCAUCAGCUGUAUAUUGAAUGAGACAGACAUUCUUGUGACCCCAAUCAGACUCAGACACACUUGCACACUGCAUACAGAGAGCUGCAGCUGGCCCCCAGAUGCAGUGAAAGUGGAACAUACAGGGUUAAAAACAGGCUGUGAAGAGUGGCUCUGUCAGAAAUACCCUGGAUACUUCAUCUAAUCCAGCUCCAAGAUAGAAUGAAGAGAUCUGCCAGCAGCAAUUUUUUUUUCUAUCUUUUGCCAGAUCUUGUUCGAUCUCAAGUGGUAAUCAAGCUGGGACGUCGGUACAACUUCAAAAGAAGAGCUUUUCUUUUUUUCACACAGAAAAUGAUCAAAUUAUUUUGGAGAGGUCGCCUUAUGAUUUCUGUCGUUCUUAAACUGUCUGGAGGAGAUCAGUGCACUCUGGGUAAUGCAGGUGUCUGUUACUAUGUGGAGCCUUAACUUCCUGAUGUUAUCUUACUGUAGUAUGCACAGUGUAUUUGAGUUCUGGAUCCUUUUUCAGCUUGUUUUCCCCAUAAUCAGAUCUCUCUUUGAAACUUUUCAUCCGUCUCUGAGGGUGUUGUUACAGUGUGGCACACUGCCAGAGAAAAAGGGUGAAGGUGCCAGAAGAACAUGUCGUGUUCUCACUACUGUUUACAUGACUUAUGCCUCCACUCACUUGCACCACCUCAUUUCAACAGGAGCGGCUGUUGUACGGAAUUUAGACAGUCAUAAACAACAUUCAUCACAUGCAACGAAACUGGAGGAUGUUUAAGUGUUGUGUGUUUGAGGUUUUACAAUGUACAGCCAGUGCGUGUCAAAGAAAUUGAAUGUUAUUUAGUUAUGUGGAUGUUUAUUUGUAGAAAUAAAUGUAACACAUGGUCUAUAAAUGAACAAUAUGUUCUAUUAUUGCAGAUUAUCGCUGGUGUCACCAUCACCAGCUUUUACCAUUACUUUUUGGAAAGCACUUAGUGAUAUAUAAAAUGCUGUAGUUUUGUAAUAACUUUCUAGAAAGGAUCUGAUACAUAACUGCUGGAAAUUACAGCUUCACUUCAAAUGACUUAAUAGUGUUACAGUGUCUUUUAGUCAUCAGGUCAGCUGAAGAUACAAAAAUUUAGAAUUUCUCUUUAAAUUACACAAAAAUACAACUCACCAAAUACAGAGAAUAAAGUUUCUAAUAAUUGAUAUUUGUGAUUCUUUUGAUUAAAUUC